GACUUUCUAUUGUUUAUUGAUCUUACACAUAGGGAUAGGCAUCAGGCAUGCACGGGACGAUGGGACCAUGUCUCGGAAAGUUUUCUUACCAAUUCUAAAUAAUUUUUUAUCAUUUUCGUUCGAAACUUCGAGUGAUGGCCGAAAUCUUUGAUUUAGAUAUAUAUAAACGAACCCCGGUAAAGAUUGUGUUGAUGCGUUUAUGCGUUUUAUGUUGUAAAUGGGUGUGGGUUGAAAAUAUAUGUCAAUUUUGUUUCUUCUUUUUGUGUGGCAUUUUUCCCAAAUUUGUUUUUGGUUAAAUAAUGGGCUGGGCUAUAUUUGUUUUUGGUUGAAUAAUGGGCUGGGCUUGAUUGUCGAAUUGGCCGCUCCUAAUUUUUAAUCUCUUGGUUUGCUUCUAAACCCAACGAAGGAACCUGCGUCUCUCGGAGAAGCUCAGCUAGAAAACGGAAAAAGUGAGAGGCAUCUCGGAGAAGAGGAAGAAGAAGAAGAAGCGGGAGGAGAGGAGGAGAUGUCGACGAUUUACGUGCUAGAGCCACCGACAAAGGGAAAGGUCAUUGUAAAUACAACUCAUGGCCCAAUCGAUAUCGAGCUAUGGCCGAAGGAAGCGCCCAAAUCCGUACGGAACUUCGUUCAACUAUGCCUCGAGGGUUACUUCGACAACACCAUCUUCCACCGUGUUAUUCCCGGAUUUCUCGUUCAAGGCGGUGACCCCACCGGCUCCGGCACCGGUGGCGAUAGUAUAUACGGAGAUGUCUUUGCCGAUGAAUUCCAUUCAAGACUGAGAUUUAACCACCGAGGGAUUGUGGCCAUGGCUAAUGCGAGCUCGCCGAAUUCAAAUGGAAGCCAGUUCUUUUUCACUUUGGAUAAAUGUGAUUGGCUUGAGAAGAAGCACACUAUCUUUGGCAAGGUGACGGGUGAUUCAGUCUUCAAUCUUCUAAGACUAGGAGAGGUUGACACUGGUAAGGACGAUCGUCCUCUGGAUCCUGCCCCAAAAAUAUUAUCUGUGGAGGUUUUGUGGAAUCCUUUUGAAGAUAUUGUUCCUAGAGUGUUAGCAAAGGCAUCAAAUGAACCUGUUGCUGAAGUCAAGGAACCCCAAAAGAAGCCCGUGAAGAAAUUGAAUUUAUUGUCAUUCGGAGAAGAAGCUGAGGAAGAGGAGAAGGAACUGGCAGUUGUUAAGCAAAAGAUUAAGAGCAGUCAUGACGUGUUGAACGAUCCUCGACUUUUGAAGGCAGAAGCUACAGAACGGAAUGCAUCUGACUCGAAGGAGGUGCUGUCUGUGCGGGAAGCUCUGAGUUCGAAGAAAGAAGCCGCUCAAAAUGAUAAAAGCUUGUCUGUAUCUAAUUCAGUUGGACAUAGUGAUGAUGACGAUGAUGAUGAAGAUGAGACUAAAUUUGAUGCAAAGAUGAGGAAUCAAGUGCUUAACAGAAGGAAAGAGAUGGGAGAUACGCCUUCAAAACCAACUCAGAAAAAGAAGAGCUCUAGUGUGAAAGGCCCUGAAGCAUCUAUUCAAAGGUCUGAUGUUGCAAGUAGUGAAGACGAGAAACCAAGGAUGGAAAAGUUAUCCUUGAAGAGAAAGGGAAUAGGUUCAGAAGCCAAAGCCGAACGAAUGGAGAAAGGAGACAUUGAUUUACAGCUUUACAACGCUUCUGAACGCGCAAGGCAGUUACAUAAGUUGAAAAAGCGCAGACUGCAAGGAAAUGAGGAUGCUGUAUUGGCAAAACUCGAGAAAUUUAAGCAGUCCAUUUCUGCAAAACCGUUUACCUCGAGUAGUGAACCAGGAGACAAUAAAGAAGAAGAUGUCUCUGAUUGGAAGAAAGUAAAGCUCAAGUUUGCACCCGAGAGUGGCAAGGAUAAAAUGUCACGCAAGGAUGAUCCAGAUGCGUAUGUUGUGGUAGACCCUCUUCUUGAAAAGGGAAAAGAAAAGUUCAACAAAAUGCAAGCCAAACAAAAACGCAGGGAACGAGAAUGGUCAGGAAAAUCGCUUGCCUGAGUUUUGGAAUCUCAAAAACUCCGAUUUGUUUUUUUUUGUUUUUUGCCUCGGUUGUUUUGUUGACUCUUAAGAUGCCAAAAGCUCCUAUGUUACAGCUCUAAUAUGUUAAUAGAUAGAUGUUUUGCUUGAAAGUUGGCUAUGUGAUGGUUUCAAACC